AUGUUUGCUCUGUUCCAUCGCUUCCUGGUCCCGUUCUUUCCGUUCAAGGGUGUAUUCCCCAAGCUCAACGAUGCAGCCAAACUGGUGCCAUCGAGUGAAGCGCUGCGCGAAGAGGCGGCCGAACUGGUGGCCGUCAAGGAGGAAUUGGACCACCAGGAGCGGGCCGAGUCACGGCUCAGCCCGAACAAGGGCCGGGAACGCGAAAGCCAGCAGCAGGGCACCAGCAACAUGGAGAUCGAGCUCCGCGAGCGACACCUCGCCGAGCGGGAACGCGCCGCCGAGGCGGCGCGACGGCGAGCCGACCAGCACCACGCGCAGCUCGAGGAGGAGAAGCGCCAGAUCGAGGCGCGGCGCGAGCAGGUCGACAAGGAUCAGGUGCUUGUCGAUAGCGCGCGUCGGGGCAUCUUCACCGAGCGCGAGCGGCUGCGUGUGGAGAAGCGCGGGCUCGAGAGUCUGCGCAAGACCAACGAGGCCGAAGGCCGGCGGCUGGCCGAGGCCCUGGCGACGCUGGAACUUGAGCGCCAGGGCGUCCAGGAGCAGCGUGUGCGGCUGGCUCAGGAGGGCGAGAGCCUGGCCCGGGAGCGUGCGCGGGUCGACAGUGCGCGGAGCCAGGUCAAGGAGCGCGAGUCCCGGCUGGCCGCUGCCAAGAGCGAAGUCGAAAAGAGCGAAAGCGAAAACGAAGCCGAACGCGCGCGGCUGGCCGACACGCAGGCCGAGCUCGAGCGAAGCCUGGCGGCGUUCGAUGAAGAGCUGCGCACCGAGCGCGACCGGAUCCAGCGCGAGAGCGACGAGGUCGAGCGCGCGCAGGCCCAGCUCGAGGCCGCCCGACAGCGGCUCGACGAGGAGCGCGACAAGCUGGUCAAGGAGCGCACGGCCGUCAACCGGGCGUGGACAGUCAUCAAGGAUAAGGAGGUGAAGCUCGCCGAGCUGACGAGGCAAGUCGAGAAGAGCGAAAACGAAAACGAAGCUGAACGUGCGCGGCUGGCCGAGCUGCAGGCCGAGCUCGAGCGAGACCGUGCGGCGUUCGACGAGGAGCGGCGCGCCGAGCGCGAGCGACUGCGGGCGGAGAGCGAAGAUGCCAAGCGCAGGCGGACUCAGCUGGCAAGCGAGGCGGCGCGGAUCGCCAAGCGAAAGAACGAAGCCGACGAACGCGAAAGAGCGAACGACGACAAGCGAAUGCGACUGGACGAGGCGCGGGCGGAGCUUGAACAGAGUCGAGCGGCGUUCGAGACCGAACAGCGCGCCGAGCGCGAGCGGCUCGCAGCUGAGCGCGAGGAGGUCGUGCAGGCCAAGGCUGCGCUCAAGGCCAGGCGGAAGCGCGUGGCUGAGGAGAGCGCGCGGGUGACGUGCGAGCGGAUUGAAGCGGAGGCGACACGGACCGAGGUCGCGGAAGAGAAGACCCGGCUGGCAAAAGCAAAGAGCGAAGCUGAAAAGAUCGAAAGGGAGAACGAAGACGAACGCGCUCGGCUGGCCCGGGAGCGGUCGGAGUUGGACGCGGAGCGACGCGACUUUGACCAGCGCCAGCACGACGCGCGCGAGCUGGCCGAGCGCAACCGGGCUGAGCUCGACGCCGCACGACAGCGGCACAGCGACGAGGUCGCCCAAUGGAAGGCCGCGUCAGUGGCCCACCCGCGCCGGCGGCAACAACAGCUCACGGGCAGCGGCGACGGCCACCAGCAACCGCUGGCGCUUCUGCACCAGAGCGAGGGCCAGACGUCGUCGCCGCUGUCGCCAUCGUCGCCGUGGUCCUCGCCCUCGCCCGCGCUCAUCCACCGGCACCACCAGUCGCACAGACAGUCGCCGCUCGCCGCGCUGGUCACCCCGUCCGGGCGCUUCGUGCCCGUCGCGUCGGCGUCCACGCUGCGGCCAUUCUCGUCGACCGCCGUGGUCACGUCAUCAUCGUCGUCCUCAUCAUCGUCAUCGUCUCGCACCUCGUCGCCGUCGGUGUCGCCCCGGCCGACUCACGCACUCCUCCGUGCGUCGACACCUGUCGCUGCGCCUGCUUCGGUGUCGACAGCGUCGACGGGCCUUGAUGACGACGAAGACGACAUCCUUCUGAUCGAGGGGGAGCGAUCGGUCGACGACGGUGAUGGAGCCAACAAACGGAAAAAAGGGGCCUCCGCACGCGCCUCGGCCGCGCAGCAGGCGAGGAAGAGGCGGCGACGGGUCGACUCGACGUUGGGCGCCGGAGAGGAGGAGGCGGGCCUGACCGAAGACGGCCACAGCGGCGAGGAGGACAGCGUGUCCGAUCUGGAAAAGCCCAGCGAGGCGAACAACGUCAACGGUGGUGGUGAUGGAGAUGGAGAUGGUGAUGGAGAUGAGCCGGAGGAGGAGCCGAUCGUAUCGUCGCCCAAGCGGCCUGGUCGCCGCAAGCCGGUCGCGCGCCGACGACGGCCACCGACCACGCGAGCGCAUACCCCCGCACCAGCGCGUACGUAA